CUCUUUCUCUCUUUCACUCUAUUCCUCUCUCGUUCUCUCUCUUCCUCCCUCGUUCUCUCUCUCUCUCCUUACCUCUCAAUCUUGUCUUUCUGUCCAGGUUUGUGUGUAUCUACAGAGGUCCCAGUCAUACUUACAAGGUUCAGCGCCUGACAGAGUCCACCAGUUACCGGUUCAGGAUCCAGGCAUGUAGUGACGCAGGGGAGGGACCCUUCUCAGACACGCAUACCUUCUCUACCACCAAGACUGUACCCUCCGCACUCAAAGCUCCCAGAGUGCACCAGCUGGAAGGGAAUGUGUGUGAGGUCACCUGGGAGGCCAUUCCACCAAUGAGAGGUGACCGUGUCAACUACGUCCUUCAGGUGCUGGUUGGACGAGAGUCAGAGUACAAACAGGUGUAUAAGGGAGAAGAGAGUGCCUUCCAAAUCACCGGGCUCCAAGGCAACACCGACUACCGUUUCCGUGUGUGCGCCUGCCGCCGUUGCCAGGAUACCAACCAUGAACUCUGUGGCCCUCUUAGUCCCUCCUCCCUGUUCACCUUGCGUCGCCAGGAGCAACCGUGCCUGGGGGAGACCAGCGCCGUGGAGACGGUGAAAGGGGCGGGGAUAAUAUCCAGUGAUGAGCGCUUUGCGGCGGUCGUGGUGUGUGUGUUCGCCGGUGUCUCCAUCCUCAUGGCCUGUCUGCUACAAUACUUCUUCAUGAAGUGAGGGAAUGAAUCGGCAACAGGAUAGAAAAGAGAAAACAAAGCGAUAGCGAAAGAAAAAGAGCAUCUACUAAAGAAAGGAAAGAAAACAAACACUUGAGAAUCAAGUGCAGGAUAGAAAGAGGAAAAAACCGAGAGAGGAAACCGACUUCAAA